CAAACUUUCGUGUAAAUUUCCUCCUCGGUAGUGCGCUGUGAAAAAUGGAGCCAAUGACGCUGGGGAGCCCCGCUGGGAGUCCAGUAGGUGGUGGAAUGACGCCAGGAAGUGGAUUUUUACCGGCAUUCCUAAUUGGUGAGCAAAAUACCCCCCAAACACCGAGAAAUGCCACAAUUUCACCCGGCAAGGGACGAUCACUCGCAUUUGGGGCCACAUCACCCACAAUACCCACAAGCCCGGAAUUUGGACGACCACAGCCAACGAGGAAUCUCUUCAGCAAUCAAAGUCCCGCGCCCACGUCGAGUUUAUUUGGGCCCCAGAAGAGUAAUACGGGCGUUUCGGGGCCACCGACGCAGAGUUUAUUUGAUUCACUGCGUGAGGAGCGGAAUGCCAUCCCACAGAGCCCCACGCCGACAUUUGAGGGGCUCCUGCAGCAAUCAAUGAAAGCACAAGCGGCCAAUCAGUCCAUCAAUGAGAGCUUUAACCUCAAUGCUAGCCAAAUGUCACGAUUGCAGUCGCCGGGAGUCUCCCUGGAUUGCCUCGACACCAGCAGGAGUAUCAUGAGUCCGUCGAGGCAGUGUGAUUUCUGGAUCACCGUCUUUGGAUUCCCACCGAGUGCCCUCUCAAUGAUCCUCACGCAUUUCUCACAGUGUGGCAGCAUCGUGGACAAAGUCUUGCCGCCGCAAUCCGGGAAUUGGGUGCACCUGAAGUUCACGUCACGCCUUGAGUGCGAUCGUGCCAUCAAUUUCAAUGAGAAAAUCCUCGCGGGAACCCUCAUGAUUGGUGUGACGCGCUGCAAGGAUCCCACACUGGUGAGCAGAGAGAAUCAGGUGAUCUACGAGAAUGGCCACAGUCGCGUCCGGCCACUGACGCAGAUCGCCCUGAAGAAUGCCCAGAGCCCCAUUGACGUAGCCCCCAGCCCCACGACGCCCAAACGCUCCACUGGCAUCGUCAACAAGGCCAUGGAUUUCUUCUUCGGAUGGUGAGGAACAUUUUAUCUCUUCCCUUUAGCCCCUUUUGAUGAUCCGGAUCAUCUCUCACUGCCCAAAAUACCUUCGGAAUUCAGCAAAGAGAAUCAUUCUAAAUUAUUUUUCAUGUGAAAUUAAAUUUCUUUAAUUUUUUUUUGGGGAAAAUCCGAAUCCAAAAAAUUCCUUUUCUCUUCUAAUAUUUGUAGAUAAAUUACGCGUAAAAUACUCUUGAUUUUAGGGAGUGUAGAAAAUAUUGUUGAGAGUAGAGAAUGUAAAAAAAAGAUCCACAAAUCUUUGAGGUUAUGUUAUGUUUCUGAUUUAUUAUUUUUUUUAGUUUGAUGAAUAGUUUGAAUUUAAAAAUCCUUGAAAGGAUUUUCAAAAUUAAGUAAAAAUCUUUAAAAUUUGAUAAUAUUAUGUCCCCUUAGACUCCUUAAAAAAAUUGUAAAAACUUCCUUUUAAUUUUUCAGACAAGAUUGUUAGUAAAUUAAUAUUUUUGUUUUCAUUACAGAUUCUUUUUUAAAUUCAAUUCUUGAAUGAUUAGAAUACAAAAUUAUUAAUAUUUUUAAAAAUCAAUUUUUCUCAGCUAAACUCCAUUUUUUGUAUUGAACAAAA